UAAUACAUCAUCGCACGCGCUUCUUCCCAGCGGCACUAGCACUACACGUACUUCGCUCGUUCCUGACGGGAGAUGGCGGCCUCCAAGGUCAAGGACGACGGGCCGGCGGUUGGCAUCGACCUGGGCACGACCUACUCGUGCGUGGCCGUCUGGCGCCAUGACCGCGGCGAGCUCAUCGCCAACGACCAGGGCAACCGCCUCACGCCGUCCUGCGUCGCGUUCAAGGGCGACGAGAGGCACGUCGGCGACGCGGCCGUGAACCAGGCCGCCUUGAACCCCACCAACACAAUCUUCGAAGUGAAGCGACUGAUAGGACGAAGAUUUAAUGACGAGUCUGUACAAGGAGACAUCAAAUUGUGGCCCUUCAAAGUCGUUGCAGGUCGUGACGACCGGCCCAUGAUCGUGGUGCAGUAUGAAGGCAAGGAGAAGGAGUUCAUGCCUGAGGAGAUCUCCUCCAUGGUUCUUGCCAAGAUGAAAGAAACAGCAGAGGCCUACCUCGCUAAAACGGUCAAGGACGCCGUGAUCACAGUCCCUGUCUACUUCAGCAACUCCCAGCGCCAAGCUACCAUCGACGCGGGUGCCAUCGCUGGCCUGAAUGUCAUGCGCAUCAUCAAUGAGCCAACCGCCGCCGCCCUCGCCUAUGGUCUUGAGAAGAUGCCCGUCUGCGACGAAGGGACGAGGAGGACGGUGCUUGUCUUUGAUCUUGGUGGUGGUACCUUUGAUGUCUCCCUCCUUAGCAUCGAUCCAGGUGUCGACAUGAAUAAGGGCAUGUUUGAGGUGAUGGCCGUCGCCGGUGACACCCACCUUGGCGGGGCAGAUUUUGACAAUGAGAUGGUGAAAUACUCUCUGAAGGAGUUCGCAAGGAAAUAUAAGACGACGACGGACAUUAACAGCAACCAGAAGGCGUUGCGGCGGCUGAGGACUGCCUGCGAGAGAGCCAAGAGGAUGCUAUCUGCCACGGCACAGACCACCAUCGAGGUCGACUCGCUCCAUGAAGGUAUUGACAUGAGCAUCAGCAUCACCCGCUCCCGAUUUGAGGAGCUCAACAAGGAGCUCUUCAGCAAGUGCUUAGAGGCCUUGCGUAAGUGCCUCCGCGAUGCCAAGGUUGACAAGAGCAGCGUCCAAGAUGUCGUCCUUGUGGGAGGCUCCACCCGCAUCCCCAAGGUGCGGAGCAUGCUCAGGGAGUUCUUCGACGGGAAGGAGCUCUGUCAAAGCAUCAACCCUGAUGAAGCCGUCGCGUACGGGGCAGCCAUCCAGGCCUACAUUCUGCGUGGCGGAACCGACGACGGGAGGAUGGUGGAUAUGCUUCUGCGCGACGUCACCCCUCUCUCUCUCGGGAUCGAGAUCAGAAAUGACUAUACAAUGAGCGUGGUGAUCCCCAGGAACACCGCCAUCCCCACCAUGAAGACACAGAACUUCACCACCCUAUACGACAACCAGAUCGACGUGAAGUUUCUGGUGUACGAGGGCGAGAGCGCCAGCACCAAGGAUAACAACCUGCUCGGCGAGUUCAUGCUCACCGGCAUCCCCCCGGAGCCCAAGAGCGUACCCAUUAUGGAAGUCACCUUCGACAUCGAUGCGAACGGCGUACUGAAUGUGUCAGCGAAGCACAGAUCCACCGGGCAGACGAACAGCAUCAUCAUAACUAACGACAGGAGCAGGUUGAGCAAGGAGGAGAUCGAGAGCAUGGCGCAGCGGUUCAAGAGGAUUGCAACCUAAUUGCCAGCCACCCGGCAUGGAUCAGGGAUCUACAACGUACUAGUAUGGUUAAUAUUAGCACUGCCUAAGAAAAUAACCUCGUACUGUUAUGGCAGACUUGGCUGUGCUUGCGUAAUGCUACUAUUGUUAUUAUUUGCUAUCUUGAACCAUGCUCUACUAUUGUUAUCAUUA